AGUACCGCGAGAUCCAGCCAAAAACGCAAACGCUGAAAACGUGGAAACUGCCGCUAUCCAAACUCACGACUUAAUUCUUUGGAGUAAAUGAAAAAGUGGGGACCGAUUUGAAUUUAUGAUGAAUGAAUGGGUUUACAAAGGAUCCAUCCACCUUGAUCAGCUUUCUUCAAUGGAAGAUCCUCAAGUCCACAUAUUCCACUUAUGAACACUUCUACUUUUCAGCUUUUACUUCAGAAAUGUAAAAAGAAGAUGAAUGGUAUCAAUACCAAUGGCUUUGAUUGCGUAUACACUCAAUUACCAGCUUGCAUGAGCAAGAUUGUGGUUGUGACACAGUGGCAUUUGGAUACAAUCUGAUUUGUUUCUGAUACGGAAUCCCUGGAGCAAAAUAUUUGAUUGUGAAACAAAGCAGGAGAAAGUAAAAUCUGAUGGAAGAAUCGCAGCCUCUUUAUGGUCCUCCUAAUCUUACUGAAUCUGCAUCUGCUCAUAGUAGUGAGAGAUUUCAUUCAAAUGGGAAUAGGAGUAGAGGGUCUAGUAUUACAGCAGGCCUGAAGAAGAGAGGUCACGGGAGUCGAUCUUGGAUAAAAAUUGAUAAAAAUGGCAAUUCAAAGACUUUGGAGCUUGACAAGGCUACUAUAAUGAGACAUUGUUCUUUGCCUGCCAGAGAUCUCCGACUUUUGGAUCCUUUGUUCAUUUAUCCUUCUACAAUAUUAGGACGGGAGAAGGCAAUUGUGGUCAGUCUUGAACAGAUACGGUGUAUAAUCACAGCUGAUGAGGUUAUCCUGAUGAAUUCCUUGGAUGGAUCUGUUGUGAAGUACAAGUCAGAAUUGUGCAAGCGCCUUCAGAUAAAAAAAUAUCAAGCCGAGGAUCUGCCUUUCGAAUUUAGGGCACUGGAACUGGCUUUGGAACUAAUAUGCAUGUCUCUUGAUGCUCAGGUAUAUGAACUGGAAAUGGAGAUGUAUCCUGUGCUAGAUGAAUUAACAACAUCUGUUAGCACCCUCAAUCUAGAACGCGUACGUAGACUCAAAGGCCACCUCCUUGCCUUGACACAGAGAGUUCAGAAGGUCCGAGAUGAAAUAGAACAUCUCAUGGAUGAUGAUGGUGACAUGGCUGAAAUGUAUCUGACUGAGAAGAAGCAAAGGUCAGAGGCUGGUCUAAUUGAUGUUUGUAUACAAACACAUACCUCAGGUGGGGCCCGAGAGGUUUCAAAGUCUGCUCCUGUUUCACCUGUGGAGUCAUCCACCAGUGGAUCCCAGAAAUUGCAAAGGGCUUUUAGCAGUAUUGUGAGUUUGAGCAAACAUGGAAGCUUAAUUAGUUCAUCAGAUGCUGGGGAAAACAUUGAACAACUGGAAAUGUUACUUGAGGCAUACUUCAUUGUCAGCGACAAUACUCAUAGCAAAUUAUCAACGCUCAAAGAAUACAUUGAUGAUACUGAAGAUUUGAUCAAUAUUAAACUGGGCAAUGUUCAGAACCAGCUGAUACAGUUUCAGUUGCUUCUUACGGCCGCAACCUUUCUGGCUACAAUUUAUGCUUCUGUAACAGCAGUAUUUGGAAUGAACUUUGCAGACUCAAUAUUUGACCAUCCAUCUGCAUUCAAUUGGGUUCUGGUUAUUACUGGGAGUGCCUGUGGGCUUUUGUACUUCUCUUUCCUAUUUUAUUUAAGGCGCAGGAAAGUCUUUCCAUUGUAAAGUGCACGCUGUCUCAAAUUAAAUGACAAAUAAGGUUGUCACUA